UAUAUCUGUCGUCAUCAUCCGCUCUGUUUACAAACGGGGUGUCCGCGCGCUGCAAACGGAGUCUAUCGGUUUAGCCGCGGUACAUGGGUCACAGCGCCGCGCGCCUCACUGCCACAUCCGGAGAUGAAGCCCGAGGUGGAGGAGCUGAUGCCGAGGCUGCUGCCGGUGGAGCCGCGCGGUGAUGAUGAAGAUGAUGAAGAUUACCGCUCAAACGAGCCGCCGAGGAACCCGCAGGAGUAUCUCAGACACGUUCAGCGGGAAGCAUCACUGUGCCCAGAAGUCGUCGUUGCCCAGAUUGAUCCAAAGAAACUGAAGAAGAACCAAUCAGUGAACGUCUCUCUCACAGGCUGCCGGGCUGCACCGCAGGGCUUCUCUCCCAGCCUCAGGUGGCAGCAGCAACAGGUCAGCAACUUCUCUGAAGUCAGACAGAGUGUCGCCAAACACCGGCAACACUGGAGAGCUCAGUUUUUGGAUGACAAUGUCGUCAUGCCCAAACCGGAUGAUGAGGACGGCUGGAAGAGGUUCUGUCUCGGUGAAAACGUUUAUCUGGACACUUCGCCCAGUGAAGGAGACACAGUGAGUCCAGGGCUGGAUUACGUUAAGAUGGGCUUUCCUCCCUUCCUCAGCAUCGUCAGCAAACUGAGUCAGUCUACCGUAUCUGCUGUGCUCGAGUACUUGAUCAACUGGUUUGAGGAGAGAGACUUCGUUCCGCAGUUGGGUAGAUGGCUGUACGCGUUACUGGCGUGCCUUGAGAAACCUCUCCUCCCAGAAGCUCAUUCGCUCAUCAGACAGCUGGCAAGACGAUGUUCUGCAGUGCGAGCUGACCUGGAGAACAAAGAUGAUGAGAGGCUGUCAGCGCUUAAUUUGAUGAUAUGUAUAGUUGCAAGGUAUUUCGAGCAAAACGAUUUGGCUGACAAAGAGUGAAGGAGCAGUUGAAGAUGAGAGGAGAGCUUUUGUAAAUGCCUUUGUUUUCUAUGCACUGUGAUCACUUUUACGUCGCUUUGUCUGUAGAUUUAAGGUGCUCAGGAUGUUCUGGAAUUAAGAAAACCUUUAAUGGCCCUUGGUGUCCAGUUUAAGAUUCGCCCAUCUUCGCCCACCUUCAUGAUGUUACAGUGUAAAAGUACUGUUUUGUACUGAAAUAAACUCUCUUAACCCACAGAUUUUUAUUUAUUCA